AAGCAAACUUCACUUCGCCUUCCCCAACGUCCCAGCAUAGUAAAAUGAAGAGUGCGGGCGUCUCAGAUUCAGAUUCCGGGUCCAACACCAACCUCCCAAUAUCGCGUCGUUCCCCAAGUCGUCCACGCUCGCAAAGCUCGAAACGCACUUCGGCCAAAGCCAGUAGACGGACGUCCGCAACAAGUUCACGACCAAUAGGUACGCGUGGAGCUCCGACGAGCGAUGAUCCUUCAAACGCUUCCGGGACCAUUUGCGAUCGCAUAUCAGAGAAUCUGUCCAGGUUAUCAACGUCUCCAGAAACUCGACAGUUCACAGCAACCACGUCUUGCACGGGGUCGGGCAGGCAAACGACCCCACCCUUCUCUGCGUCCUGGUCAAACCAACCAAUGCCCCCUUCCUAUCGACUAUCGCAUCGCUUACCUGGGACCCCAGAGAUGCUAACAUUGACAAUUGGGACAUUGACCGGAACGUUCACCAUUCAAGUCCGUGCAACGGACGCUGUAGAAGACGUUAAGCGAUGCAUUCAGGACAUGGAGGGGAUACCCGUUGAGUCGCAAAUCCUCCUUUGGCGGGAUAAAGCGCUGGCGGACGAUAGGUCCGUUAUUGGACAAUUCGGGAUUGAGAACGGGUCUAAGUUACAACUAUUGCUACACAUGUCUACAGGACCAGGACCUCCACUGAAGAUGAAAAAGGUCGCAAAGGAAUAUGAUUCAGUGGUCUUCUUCCUAUGCAAAGAAGAGGAGGAUGUUUACAUGCUUGAGCUUCAUAUGGCGGACAUUAGGGACCAACGUGCUGACACGAGGAGGUUGCUGCAGUUAGCCGAGCUUGCAGGAGUAGAAGUUUUUGAAGACCUAGGCUGCGAUGCAUCUUCAGUGGUCAUCCGGCCGUUAGGUGGCAGCGACGACGAAAGCCGAAGGUCCACAUCAAACUCACAGGAAUCCGGGGUCCUGCCUACGCAAGAACGGCAGUUGAAGGAUCUCCGUCCAACCUCCAGCGAAUCUAACAUCUCAACCCUCAUGUCGUUUGCAGCCCUGUCCUCAACCGGAACUCUUUCAGAGAGAGGCGUAUCACCCUUCAGCAGUACCUCAGAUUCCCGCCCUUCGUCGGGAGAAUCCUUGAUUCAAGACGUUUUCCAUGACGUGUUGGCAUGGCGGGGGAAUCGAAUGGGAUCCAGAAAAAGGGCAUUUGGAUGCCCACGAACACCACGAAGACGCCUGCGCCCAGCUACCGCUAUCUCGGUGAUGCGGUUGCCAGGAGGGUCGGGCCCGAUGAUCAUCAUCCCGAAAACACGCCCGGCAUCGGCAGCACAUUUACGGAAUAAGGGGACACUUGUUUUGGAUGAUACACCCCCAGUAACGCCGCCGAACGUCACCGAGAGAGAAGAUUGCGAUCGUGACCGCUGUGAAGUGCGUAACAUUUUGUGUGGAGCGCCUAGACUGAGAGAAAAAGGACGUGGACGGCGGCCGCAGAGCUUCAAGAUGGAUUCUCCUGAUGAAGGCGGUUAUUUGUCGGCCUCGGAUAAUACUACGCUGCGCACCGAUCAGCCGAGCACAUCAGCUGAGCACGUCUUAGAAUUCAUCUCUGCCGCCGUUCCUGGGCGACGGGCCCGCGCGGCUUCAAACUCGACGGCUAGGGGGAGUCAUACUGAAUUGCGAUGUCUCAAACAAAACAGGGAUCGGUUGAUGGGCCCUGGUUGCGAUUCUGCGCCAAAACCCGGUGAACGACCCCGAUCGAAAAAAGAGGUGAAAGCCACUGUAGUCACUCAGCGGCGGUGCUGCAUGUGCAAAAAAAAAUUAGGACCCGCGACGUCAUUUAAAUGUCGGUGCAGCCAGACAUUUUGUUCAAUCCAUCGCUAUUCAGAUCGACACGCAUGCACAUAUGACUACAAGGGUGCAGGAAAGGCGGCCCUCGUGAAGGAGAACCCUCUGGUAAAAAAGGAGAAAUUGGCCAAAAUAUGAAAUAUUCUGUACCCCUCUUAAAGAGAAAUCAUUUUGCGAUCACUGUUGGGUCUAAUUGUACCAAUAAUCGCGAUUCCCUUAUUUAGCGGUUAUACACAGCUUUGCGGCGUCCUCAAUGUGCUCGCUCAUUCCCUAGCAUCACCUCGUACUGGACCACUUGUUGUUCUAAAUUUGACAAUGUCUCCUCG